AACAGAGAGAAAUGCUUAAUUUUCUUUUCACUUUGAAGUUUUCUCGCAGGUAACGCUGUGUUAUUAGACUCUUAACUUCAGUGCGGACAUUUGUUAUCGAUCUCAGGCUCGUUGGCGGCCCCUUAAACACAUUUUCUCAUUAAUUUAUCGUUUGUUGGUUCAUCUGUCAGCAGCACUUCCUGAUAGACACCAUGGCUGAUUCUGUGGCUGUAGACGAUCAGAAAUUCUGCUUAAAGGAGGUGCUCAACACUUUUAAACUGUGUCUGUCAGAAAAUAAAGAAGUCUACCUUGAACACUACGUUGCUGGCUGGCGUGGACUAAUAAAGUUUCUGAACAGCUUGGGAAGCGUCUUUGGCUUCAUUUCCAAGGAUGCUGUCAACAAGAUCCAGAUCUUGGUGAACCACAUGAAUGAUGAGAAUGGAUCCCAGUACGUCACCGUCCAGUCGAUGGUAAAAUAUGAGCUGGAGAACGAACUGGUCGACCUCACCAAGCGAGGCAGCCACCCUGAGUCCGGCUGCCGCACUCUGCUUAGGCUCCACCGUGCGCUGAGGUGGCUGGAGCUCUUCUUGGAGCGUCUCCGUACCAGCAACGAGGACUCUAAGACCUCUGUCAUGUGUGCGGAGGCCUACAACGAGUCCCUCUCCCAGCACCAUCCUUGGGUGGUCCGUAAAGCCGCGGGCAUGGCCUUCUGCAUGCUUCCCGGUCGCCUCUCGUUCUUUGAAGUGAUGAAUGUAGGCCAGCCGGAGCAGGUCGUAGCCAUGCUGGGGGAAGCUCUGCCUCUCAUCUCUGAGGUGUAUCAGAUCACAGAGGACCUUUAUGCUCAACAUAACCUGCUGGAAUUACCUUAGAGGGAAAGGAGUGCUAUGAUUUGCCACUUCAUACAUGACAGGAUUAAGUUCCUGAUGACUGGCUGUCAAACUAGCUGCUGCUACAGUUUGGUGAUUUGAGGGAUGUGUAUUAUCUGUACAAUGUUGUGCACAAACAUAAUUUCACUCAUUAAUGUGUACUGACUGCAUUCCCUCUUUUUAAUAUAAAACUACUGUUAAUUACACAGCUGCAUGUUGAUAUUUACUCUCUAAUGCACUUCUGAUCUUUUUAAUCAUCAUCUUGUACUUUUAGAUUUUUUAAAAUUUAAAUAGAUAAAAGGAAACUACAGUGGAGUCCAGAAGUCUUUGGUCAAUGCUAAAAGCUGCUUGUCUUUAACCAUUUAUCAAACUGCUUAUUUGGAGAUAUAUUAAUUAGAGCUGGUACCAAUCAUUUUUAUAUAUUAGAAAAAUACUCAUAUCAGAUAAUAUAAGAAAAUCUUUUUGCACCCUAAAGGUUUCUGAAGAUCACAGCUAUUUCAUUUAGAUAUUAACACAUUUAUGCUGCUGUCACACAGCUAGAAUUGCUCUUUUUUAAGAUUAAAUGAUGCAAUUUUGGUCGCCUUAACAAUAAAUAAAUACAACAAUACACAAACAUUACAGUUAAAAGACUAUUAGUAAACUUUAGCUUUAAUAUGAGAGCAGCAGUUUUCAAACUUCAACAAUGACGAAAAAGUCAAAACAUGCCAAACUACACCAACAUAUUAAAACCAACAAAACUAAAAUAUACUGAGAGAAUUUUACUUUCACUAAUUUUAUUCUUUUUUUUUUUGAAUAAUCUCGCUUUAGUUUUUUUGGGUAAAUAAUGAAACAAAAGUUGUUGGUAGUGGACUCAGAGUUGUUAACCCCACUGUUAAUGAUCUCAAUAUUUCAUUUACUGUAUAAAUGAUAAAACGUGCUAUGUUUAUAGCUGAUGUUAAAGUUUUAAGGUAAAUGUACUGAUAAUGGGUUUCUCAUUAUUUGAAGUGAAUUGUGUAUUGUUUUACAAUAAUAUAUAUUGUGUGUGUAUAUAUACAUACAUGGUUACUUCAAACUGAAAUAUCUGGUUACAUAAACAGUGUAUCUUAACACAAAACGUCCACCUGAUGGUUGUUAAUGAUGUUAAAUUGAUUUUUUACAACUGAUUAUUGAUCCAUGUCAGAAACACUUUGGUCUGUUACCUGAGAACCGUUUGUUACCUGUUGUCUGAAGUAGAUGAGUAGGUAAUUUCACUUUGAACACGUCAUGUUUUUAUAAUAGUUAUAUAACUUUGGUCAUAAAACGUCCACAGCACAUUACUGUUGAAUAUUUCAAUC